UCUUGUUAUUAAAAAUGAAGAAAGUUGCAAUUUUCGGGGACAGUCACGUCUGGCGACUAGACGCAUUCUGCAAUGAGGACCUCAAGGUGCCUAUGGAGGUGCGUUUCUUUGGUGCGGGCGGGAUGAAAGCUUCCAAACCCAAACCAGGACUUUUGAAACAGGUGAAGAUGUACGGGGCGGACUUGGUGGUAGUGAGUUUGGGCGGCAAUGAUAUCACAACUACAUCCGUACCGAAGGACAUAGUGGCGGCCGUACUUGACAUUGCCCAGGACUUCCUUGACAGUGGUGUAUCUACCAUCCUGGUGUUGGAGAUUGGGGAGCGUGGAGCAUUCCGGGACGGGUUGGGGUACAGGUCUUUUGCAAGCCAGCGCGCACGAAUUAACCAGUUGCUGGGGAAGAGAGAGAGAGAGCUCGUUGAAGUUUUGCGGCUUCCCCACAUACGUUUGCCAGCCGAGUUCAUGCGAGACAAAGUUUAA